AUGGACCUCUUUCGAGUACGUCUCGAUUGCAUUGAUCAUUAUCAAGCUACACCUUCUCAAUUUGAUCCUCAAUUAAAACGAAACAUCAAACCUUCCGAUAUUCACAAAGGGCCAAAAGUACCUGUCAUUAGAAUUUUUGGCUCGACGGAGACAGGUCAGAAGGUCUGCGCACAUAUCCAUGGAGCAUUUCCUUAUUUGUAUAUUGAGUAUGAAGGCUCCCUCGAUCCCGAUGAAGUUGGAAGUUAUAUCCACAGACUUCAUCUUUCAAUUGACUAUGCCCUGGCUGUAAGCUAUCGUCGCAAUGCAUAUGAUGGAAAUGCCAAAUUUGUCGCACGUAUUACCUUGGUAAAGGCGGUUCCAUUCUAUGGCUUCCAUGUUGGAUACCGCUUCUAUCUCAAGAUUUACAUGUUGAAUCCCAUGGUAAUGACGCGUCUCGCGGAUAUUUUGCGUCAGGGUACUGUUAUGAAGCGAGUAUUUCAACCAUAUGAAGCCCAUCUUCAAUUUCUUCUUCAGUGGAUGGCGGACUACAAUCUGUAUGGGUGUGGAUAUGUCGAUUCUAGUAAGGCUACAUUUCGAGGUCCAGUGCCUCUAUAUAAUGAAAUCUCCUCAUCAAUGCACCUUUGGCAUGACCGCUCAAUACCUGAUCAUCUCAUUACGAAUGAUGUGUAUCUCCCUAGGGUUAGUCAUUGUUCAUUGGAAGUUGAUAUCUGUGUCCAAAAUAUUCUCAAUAGAAGGGAUGUCAAGCCACGCCUGCUCCACCAUGACUUCGCUCAAAACCUUGGUCCUUUUGCCCCCGACGAGAAGUUAGUACAAAGUAUGGCAGGUCUUUGGAAAGAUGAAACCCGUCGUCGAAAGUCUAAAAUUCCAAAUGCAACGGCUGGUAGUAGCCCAUUCCCAGCUGAGGUAAUGUUUUCUAUGUCAGCUGACCCUCGACAUUCCCCGAAUGGUGGGUGGAUGCACGAAGGCGAGCACAGGGAAAUGGUCAAAAGGCUCAUCCAAGAAGAACGGAAUAGAGGCGAUCCUUCAAAACCAACUUUCAACACUUUCGUCAAACCAAAGCCCUUCGAAACUUCCGUGAAAACUAGCCUUGAGUCGGUGGAAGACUUGUACCCGGAUAAUCUUCGCCUCGCUUUCCAAUCAGUCUAUGAGGAACAGGGCCAUCACAAUUUGCAUGGUCACCGCGGAGAAAGAGAGGUAGACGAAACCCUUAUUGUUGAACUUGCAAACGGCCAAGAAGAAGAUGAAGACGAUUACGAUUCUGAUGAGGAUAUCAUGAGAGAGAUUGAGCUUUCCCAGAAACGGAAAGGGGAUUAUAUUGAUGAAGCCCUACCGAAAUCUGAAACAGAUACGAUGUUUGGUGACGAAGCUUAUUCCAAUGCUGCUUCAUCAGAUGAAUUGCAAGCAGUUCAGCUUAAAGAAGGCAAAGUUCAUCACAAUUUUGUACACUCUCAAACAGCCUCUGUCGUAGCAGAUGCUUUGGCCUCAAAAUCUGCACAAAUCAGUCACUUGGCUAGUCAGAUUGAUUCUGAUCAUGAUAGCGUUCACAACCACAGGGGCCAAGACAUUAACCCCGAAUGGAAGAGGUCACAAUUAGAACAAGAAUAUCCGGACGCGAAACGGCGGAAGACCAGUACAAUGGCUCAGCCCUCACUACAAUUAUCUCCUACGUCACUUCUAGGACCAAGGAAUGAACACAUUGAGCAACGAACCAGCUUGGAACUUAGGCCGCCUGGUGCUAAGCUUUCCUCUCAAGACUCGCUCAAUUUCCCUGUGACGAAAGAUUCGCACGAUUCGAGCACAAUGCUGAAGCUCAGUCAGCGCUUUGGGGAUAUAGAUACUCCUAAAGCGAAGAGGCACGUUUCUUUUCUUCCCAAUCCAGCAUCGACUACCAACAACUUGGUUAAGACUGUAAGCAUGUCAAACUCCACAACGAUAUCAAGCCCGAUUCAAAAGCUAGGUUCCUCUGUUCAGGAUAGACUCCUCAAAGGAAUCAAAGACAGCUUUGGAUCCAGUAACGAUUUAUUACUGCUGGCACAUCAUCAAUCUCCCCUAUCAGCCUAUUUUGUUUCUACAACGAUGUCAAGUUUCAAUCUACCCUUAAUUCUCCAUCAAGAUGCCUUUUACAGCAGGGAAGAAGAUGUUCCCGAGCGCCCUAGGGAAUGGGCGGGUAGAGAAUUCAAACUUGGAAGCACGAGUGUGCCAUUCCUUCCCGAUUUUGAUCCGUCUGCAACCUCAGACGCAACUUUUGGGCUUGGACCUGUUGUUCUCCCCGAUAGAAUUAAAGACGAAGAAGUCUAUCAUCAUCGGCGCCGCGAGUGCAGUCUUCGGGCUUGGACUUUUACAGAAACACCGCCUAGCUAUGCUAAAGUACACAUUUGGGCUCGCAAUGAGGAGUCUAAGAUGAAUGAUAAAUCUAAAAAGCUGAAGAGGGGCGCACCUUCCAACACGAUUAGCAAGCACCGAAAGGGGGCGAAGCUUUCACAAAUCGAUGGCCCAACCCAAAGGAACUCGUAUGGCUUCAAAUAUACACAAAACGGAAAGACUAUUAAAAUUCAACGUGAGGCUCAAUACAUGAGUGUCAUGAGUCUAGAGGUUCAUGUUAACACGCGAGGGGGUUUGUGCCCAAUCCCGAAGAGGAUGAGAUUCACGGACAAUAACGGCACUGAAUCUAGCCCAUCAAAGUCGGGGAUCGCGGUCUUGUCCGUUGAUGAAGAAAACAUUGCCGAGAGGAUAUCCAACCAAGUUCCCUUCGAGGUGCAUGUAGAGACUUCUGAACUCGAUCUGCUCGUCCGUAUGGUCGAGAUUGUGCGGGAGUACGAUCCAGACAUCCUGACUGGCUUCGAGGUCCACGGUGGAUCUUGGGGGUAUCUUAUUGAACGGGCAAGAACUAAAUACGACUAUGACCUUUGUGAUGAGUUCUCACGUAUGAAAAAUCAAUCCCAUGGCCGUUUUGGCAAGGAUAACGACAAAUGGGGAUUCGAUAAUACAUCCACAAUUCGUGUUACAGGCCGACAUAUGAUCAAUAUCUGGAGAGCCAUGAGAGCCGAGCUAAGCCUUCUGCAAUAUACGUUGGAAAAUGUGGUUUUCCAUCUACUUCACCGGCGGAUUCCGCACUAUUCAUGGGCCGAUUUAAGAAACUGGUAUACCAACGGGAAGGCCCGGGAUUUGUCUAAAGUACUCGCGUACUAUAUGUCCCAUGUAGAACUCGAUCUAGAAAUACUUGAGCAGAACGAAUUGAUCUCGCGUACAAGCGAACAAGCACGACUUUUGGGUGUUGAUUUCUUCUCGGUUUUCUCCCGUGGUUCACAAUUUAAGGUAGAAUCUCUGAUGUUUCGAAUUGCAAAACCAGAGAAUUUCAUCUUAAUAUCCCCUAGCCGAAAACAAGUGGGUGGCCAAAAUGCUUUGGAGUGUCUCCCCCUUGUCAUGGAGCCUCAAAGUGCUUUUUACAGUAGUCCAUUACUGGUUCUUGAUUUUCAAAGUUUGUAUCCGAGUGUUAUGAUUGCUUAUAACUAUUGUUAUUCGACGUACCUGGGGCGAGUCGUAAACUGGCGAGGUACCAAUAAAAUGGGUUUCACUGAAUAUACAAGGGAAGACAGGUUGUUGGAGCUACUAAAAGACCAUAUCAACGUUGCUCCCAAUGGAAUAAUGUAUGCAAAACCAAACAUUCGGAAGAGUCUCCUAGCUAAAAUGUUGGGGGAAAUCCUUGAAACUCGUGUCAUGGUGAAGAGUGGGAUGAAGAUUGACAAGGAGGAUAAAGCUCUACAACGAUUAUUGAAUAACAGGCAGCUUGCUCUGAAACUUAUUGCCAACGUCACAUACGGAUAUACAUCUGCAUCAUUUUCUGGUCGCAUGCCGUGCUCAGAGAUUGCUGACAGUAUUGUUCAAACCGGGCGAGAAACACUUGAAAAAGCCAUUGCACUUAUUCACUCAGUCAAACGAUGGGGCGCAGAGGUGGUCUAUGGAGACACCGACAGCUUAUUUGUCUACCUGAAAGGUCGCAGCAAAGAUGAAGCGUUCGAUAUUGGGAAUGAGAUUGCGAAAACGGUCACCAACAUGAAUCCACGUCCCGUCAAGCUCAAAUUCGAGAAGGUUUAUCAUCCCUGCGUGCUUCUAGCUAAGAAGCGAUAUGUGGGCUUUAAGUACGAGAGCAAGUCACAAAUCGACCCUGAGUUCGAUGCGAAAGGCAUUGAGACCGUGCGACGUGAUGGCACUCCAGCUGAGCAAAAAAUCGAAGAAAAAGCUCUCAAGAUACUCUUUCGCACAGCUGAUCUUAGUCAAGUGAAAUCCUAUUUUCAAGAACAAUGCGACAGAAUCAUGAAAGGCUCUGUAUCUAUUCAAGACUUUUGCUUUGCGAAAGAAGUCAAGCUUGGAACGUAUAGUAACAAAGGACCACCACCUGCAGGAGCUCUUAUUAGCACCAAAAAAAUGUUGGAAGAUGCACGAACAGAGCCGCAGUAUGGUGAGCGAGUUCCAUAUGUGGUUAUCACGGGCGCUCCAGGAGCUCGGUUAAUCGAUCGCUGUGUCGCGCCUGAAGAACUUCUCAACAGCGAUCACAGCGAGCUAGAUGCGGAAUACUACAUCUCUAAAAACUUGAUUCCACCGUUAGAACGAAUCUUCAACCUUAUGGGUGCCAAUGUCAGAAGUUGGUAUGAUGAGACGCCCAAAGUUCAGCGCGUUCGCCGGCUCGAGGUUAAUUUGGAUCAAGGACAACUUAGAGAGCUGGCAAUAAAUAAGAAAACACUCGAGUCAUACAUGAAAUCAUCAUCAUGUCUUGUUUGCAAAGACAAACUUGAGACCGAAGGAUUCCUCUGCCCUGAGUGUCAGUCCAAUUCUCCUGAGUCGAUGCUUUCUCUACAGACUAGACUCAACAUUGAGGAAAAGAAGUUUCUAGACAUACAGAGCAUUUGCCAGGGCUGUUCUGGUUUGUCUCCACUAGAGGAAGUGAAAUGCGAUAGUAAGGAUUGCCCUGUAUUUUACACAAGGACGAGACAGAGGGCGAGAUUAAAAACGGAAAGGGCCUUCAUGGUGCCAGCUAUGCAGGCUCUAUCAGCAACUAUUGAAACGGAGGUGGAUUUUACAAAUCUUGAGUGGUAG